UGUUGAUGGACGGCUACUCGGGCGGUUGAUGGGCGUCAGGAGAGAAGGGGCGCUGGGAUAAAAGGGUCAACUGCCGUGGAUUCCUGCGCCACGGACAUGGCACUUGACGACUCGACAUGCAUCCGCACGGGCGCGCGUUGCAAGCGCCGGCAGGUGGUACGUCUGGCAACAUCCAAUCGCUGAUCAUCACGAUCAUUCCGCGAACGAAGCGCCCCGACGCGACACCACCCGAGGUGCCGGCGCCAACCCCCGAGGCCACGGCCACGGACAUGCCGUCGACCGACGAGACGCGCACGGUAUCACCGGAUGCCGCGCCAACACCGACGCCAACGCCGGCGCCAACACCGACACCCGCACCGACACCGACACCUGCACCGACACCCGCGCCAACACCGACGCCCACGGAUACGCCGACGGAUUCGCCCACGACGUCGCCAAGGCCGACAAAUACAACCACAUCGAGGCCGACCCGUACAGCAUCGCCGCCGCCGACGACUGCCGUGGUCAUGACACGUGUCCCGGUGCCGUCGAUCUUGAUUGUAGCGCCCGACGCGGACUUGGACACAACAACGACGCCUCCGCCCUCGAGUUUGCCGUCACCGACGUGGACGUCCCGACCGGCGAUCAACACGGCGCCAGGUACAAAAAGCGACGGUCUGAGCCCGAGCUUGGUCGCGGCGCUCAUUUGUGGCGCGGCCGUCGUCGUGCUUGCCGCGAUGCUCUUGUACAACGACCACCGCCGUCGUCGGCGGGAGCGCAACGUGCGGAGUCUCACGGCCGUCUCGUGGACCAACAACACAUCGCCGGCACUGCCACCGGCGACCACCUCCAUGUCCAACUGGACAUACCAGCCGAGCGAGUCGCUCGGUGCGACGCGGGGCGUCGAGUAUUUUAUGGACGGCACGACCAUGCCAAAGGCGACCUCGUUUGCGCCGCUGCAGCCACGCUGGGCGCGCCGCAGCGAAGCGCAAGACGACGUGCCGCCCGAGAUGCGCACCAACGAGUGGUACCAGGCGUCGCUUCCGGCGCCACCGCCACCACAAGAGCAACAACCCGAGUCGAGUUAUGGCAGCGAGAGUCUGCACUCGGAAAUAUCCUUGUCGUUCCACGACAGCAGUGGCCGCGGCCCGUCGCGCUUGACGCGCACGAGCUGGGACUCGAUGGAAGAGUGAGUCAUAGCUAUGUAGGAAGGUAUCAAUAUUGUACGAUAACAUAUAUAAGCACCUGGACCUAGAAUCGG